CCAAACGCAUCCGCCAACGUCAGCCAUCGGUCCCCGAUCGUACGGCCCGAGACGAGCCACGCGCUCCGCCGCUCGUGCUCUCCCUUCCCACCAGGCUAUAUUUACGCGGACCCUCCCCAUCCGCCCCGACCCCUCUCUGCCUCCUCCGCCGCGCCGCCACAGCCAGGUCAGGUGCGCCUCCUCCGUCAACCAGCGGCCGCGGCAGCGAAGCCGCCGGAUCGAUCGAGAGGAUAGCCGCCGUCCUCCCGCUCCCGAGCUUCAGCAUCAUCUGAAGUGCUCCCAAAACAAUGGCGGAGCACUUGGCUUCAAUUUUUGGCACGGAGAAGGAUAGGGUCAACUGCCCCUUUUACUUCAAGAUUGGAGCUUGCCGUCAUGGGGAUCGUUGCUCCCGUCUGCACAACAGGCCAACCACAUCGCCAACUAUUGUGCUUGCUAACAUGUACCAGCGACCUGAUAUGAUCACCCCUGGAGUUGAUGCCCAAGGUGUGGCUAUUGCUCCAGAGAAGAUGCAGGAGCACUUUGAGGACUUCUAUGAGGAUAUCUACGAGGAGCUGAGCAAGUUUGGUGAGGUUGAGACCCUGAACGUGUGUGACAACCUUGCUGACCACAUGAUCGGGAAUGUCUAUGUCCAGUUCAGGGAGGAAGAGCAGGCAGUGGCUGCUCACAACGCCCUCCAAGGCCGCUUCUACUCUGGUCGCCCGAUCAUCGUGGAGUACUCCCCUGUCACGGACUUCCGUGAGGCUACCUGCAGGCAGUUUGAGGAGAACAGCUGCAACCGUGGUGGCUACUGCAACUUCAUGCACGUGAAGCAGAUUGGUAGGGAGCUCAGGAGGAAGCUAUAUGGUGGGCGUUCCAGGAGGAGCCACGGGAGGAGCCGCAGCCCGAGCCCACAGCACAGGAGGGACAACCGUGACCGUGGUGGCGACUUCCGCCGUGAUGGCCGGGAUGAAUACCGUGGUGGCGGUGGCGGUUACCGUGGAGGCGAUGGAGGUGAUGGUGGCGGUUACCGUGGAGGUGGUGGUGGUGGCUACCGUGGAGGUGAUGGGGGUGGCUAUCGUGGUGGUGGUGGUGGCGGUUACCGUGGUGGCGGCAGGGGUGGAGGUGGUGGCAGGCAUGACAGGUAUGAUGAUGGACCAAGGCGCAGGUAUGGUGGCAGCCCGCCACGACGUGGAAGGAGCCCUCCAGCCAGGGAGAACAGCGAGGAGCGCAGGGCCAAGAUCGAGCAGUGGAACCGUGAGCGGGAGGAGAAGAAGUGAUGAAACCGCGAGUAGUGGAACCGCAAGCGUUAUUUACCUUUUCAUUCUUGUGUCGUUAGUUUGCUCCUAUGUUGAGUCUGGUGGUUUACUGUCAGACAUUGGUUGAUAUAGUACUAUUGCUUGGUUGAGUGACCUGUCAAGUGCAGGAUUCUAUUAGAGGCGUGUAAGCUGCUAUUUGUGCUCAAUAUUUAUCUGCAGGAUUCUCGUAUUA